GUCAUGUCAGUUGUCGGUUCGUAAUCGAUUAUUUUCACGUAAUUGUUUUUUAUUAUGAAGAUUUUAUAUACGUGAAACAAACUUUGAAUAUGGUCUUACUGCAUCGCCUGCACUAGUGAAAUCGGCUGACUAUUUUUUGUGCAUUAGUUGAAUUAGUUCUUUCGAGGCAGGUACAAUAUGGCACACAAGGAGGAGGAUGAGCCUUUUCAAGAAGAAGACGUUUAUAUCAACCCCGAAGAUGGUAUGCCUAAUGUUCACCCCAAUAUAGCUAAUUUAGAACAUGAAAGUGACUCACAGGACGAAAUCAACGAUUUGGACGACAUACCGAAGUCUGUUAUUGUCACAAACAUUCAUAGUGACGUUUUCGCAAACGCAAAACUAAAAGCCGAGUUGGAAGAUCUUUUCCGAACCUUUUCGGAGAACGUUACAUUUCAGUGGCUCCGCAGUUUUAGGCGGUUGCGUGUGAACUAUGACAGCCCAUUAGCGGCCGCUAACGCCCGUGUGCAACUACACCAGUAUCAGUUUUAUACCUCGUGUAUAAACUGUUACUUCGCUCAGCCGGUGACGCCCAUUUCUUUUAAAAAUCUGAGGCCGCCCGCUCCCGUAAAGCAAUUUUUGAUUUCUCCGCCGUCGAGCCCGCCGGUGGGAUGGGAACCGCGAGAGGAAGGCGAGCCGCUGGUGAACCACGACCUGCUGGCGGCACUGGCGACCCUGGCGCCGGGCGAGAGCCACGAGCUGCACGCGCCCACGCCCACGCAGCCGGCCAUCGUCGUGCACACCGCGCUAGCCCCCGAGGCCGCCCCGCGCCCCUGCUCUAUCCCCCACACCCGCUGUCCUAAUUAUUGAUAUAUUUUGUAUCUAAUUGCAUACUUUUCUAGUUCAUGUAGAAGUUUGAGUGCUUUUUAUUCAUUCACAAGCAACACUGGUCUCAUAGAACACCAAAGAUUGCAUUAUGAGUAAACAGCAUAUAACUCUCUAAAUUGUUGACAUGCCAUCUCGGCUUGUGUUAAGUUAGGCUGAAUAGUAUAAUACUAAUUGCUUUAUAUAGUUUAUUAUUUAAUUUAACACGUAAAAGUUGAAUUGGUGCUAUUCUUAUUGAAAAAGGAAUUUAACAAUGUUAAUUUAUGUAAUUGUUUUAUAUUGGAGCGUACCUACAUGAUAGCUAUAGAUUAUUAUUUUUGAAACAAUAUUUAAGAGGGUAAUCUUGAUAGGUUUUGUCAAUAGAAAUUAUUAUUAUUUUCAAUGAAAUAUUUUUUGGGACUACUUACAGUAUUAUUACUGUCAUGAUUUUUUGCAUAGUGUACUUAUUGGGUAUUUAAUCUAAUUGAAUUACCAGCAACAGUGUGCACAAAAUAGUUAAUGUAUUGUUUAUUUGGAAACUUAACUUCUUUUAUGUCUAGUAGGGUAAUUCGCCAGUAACUGGCCACCCUAAACUAAAAAUGAAUUCUAUUCACCUAUAAACAGAAUUCAUUUUAGUAUAUGGUAGCUAGUAAUUGAAGGCUGGCCAGUUAUUGAAACCUUAUUACUAAAAUGAAUUCAGUUUAUAGGUGAAACAAAUUCAUUUUAGUUAAGGGUGGCCAGUUAUUGGCCGGUGGCCAGUUACUGGCGAAUUACCCUAUUUUAUUUACAAACUAACUGUAUAAUAAUAUUUUUUUUUAAUUUAGCGUUGCUUUUACAAUGACAUAUAAAAUAUUAAACCCUAUUUGUUUUAUGAUGUUUUUUUGACAAACAAAUGAAGUCUCUUUUGGUAUUCGUAAGAAAAAAAUCUAAUUACUUGUUUGUUACCUCAAAUUGUCCUUUAUUAUUUGUUGAAGGGUUGAGAUUACCUUCUUGACUCUUGAGUAUCUAAAGUUGGUUAUGUUACUAACAUAGAUUUUAUAUGUGGCUUUGUUACAUGUAGGCAAUAGGACACAUAUCAGCCAAGCUAGACCAAAUUUGUUAUGUUUUAAUCAAUAUAAUUAAAGUGAUUGAACUAAUGGAUACAUGUUCCUAUUUCAUUACUUUAAUUAUCAGGAAUUCUGAAUUUAAAUGAUUGUUAUUGCAUUUGUAGACUCAUAGAUUGUUGUGAUAUAAUGUAAAUUUUAAAUUUGUGAUGUCAUAUUACAAAUUAUGUGUAAAUAAUAAAUUAUUUUUGCAACAAGCAAAAUUAUCUAAGGAAUCAAAGUGACACCAACACAUUGCUUUUUUUACAGUUAUUAGGUACAUAUACAUUAUUUAAAUUUAAAAAAAUCCAAUCUUUAGUAUGUUUAUCAAUUUUUAUUUGAUGUAGGUACUUACUUCAAUACCAUCAUCUGGUGUCCUUAUUUAUUUUUAAUCGAAAUAAUUAAUUAAUGAAAUAAAAAUAACUGUCUUAUUUUAAAUAUAUAAUACCUAAUUCUUAUGGUCGCUCAACUGCUAUGUUACUGUCAUAAAAUAUACCUUACAUAUAAGGUUGAUCUAAAUGUACUCAAUUUUGUUUCAUCCUCAAUAUUAAGGAAUUUUGUAGUCAAUUAGCAUUAAUUUUAGUGUUUUUGCAGCUCUAAUCUAACUACUAUUAACGCAAUACCUACAUGAGAUGGGUACUUGCAUAUUUAUUUUAUCUGAAACCAUAUGUUCAUUGACUAUUUUUUUUUUCACAAAAUUUAUUUAAAUAUUUUAGGUGUUUCAGUAACUUUUCUGUCAAUGUUAGUUAUACUGUAUUGACAGUAAUAUGCCAAAAAUAGUGGACUCAACACACAGUUUAUACAUUUGUAACGUUUUUCCUUAUAAUCUUGAGGCAUUUUUGAGAAGUCAUUUGCUGAGACAAAGUUUCCAUGUUUUCUUGAUAGUCUUGAUGCUGUUAAUCCCAGACCCAUGCUGUGAUGAUUGACCUCUCUGUAUUCAAUGUACGAUAUAAAUGUAUUGUUACAAAGCCUAUUCUAAAUCAUAUGGUAUUGUCAGUUUUUCAAGGUCUAAGUGGAGUCUCAGUUCGUUAGUGCCGGUUUGGACAUAAAAAUCAUGUUUCAGCCGAUGGUUAUCGAUAGAUCAUACGGUUUCGGCAAACAAUCUGAUUUCGGUCGGAUAUUAGUAAAUAUGUCCUAUAUUACAAUACCUAAUACCUACGUGUGUGUCUCACCUUUUGAACAUAGGAAGUAGGUAUAUGUAUAUUAUAACCUCGAGGACUUUUCCAUCUAUUGGUCUCAGCCUAUUGCUUCUUUUCAUAAAAAUGUCUGUGUUCACUGUAUUCAGAUCAAUGUUUCGUCUAUCGAUGUUUUUAUCUCACUGUGAUUUCAAUAUUAUUGUUUGUUGUAAAUAUUAAAUGGUAUUGUUUUAA